AAAAAGCGAAAGAAGAAUAAAGAGCCAUUCGUAUUAAAUCACUUGUCUCCAUUUUAGGGUUUCUAAAGGGUUUUUCUAGGUUUGUAUUUGCAGACAGGCAUGGCUAACCAGACUUACAGUUCAUAUGGAGGAAGCAGCCUUUCGAGUCUCUAUUCUUCAAGGCUUUCUACGAACUACAUUGCGGAUCCUUACUCAUCUGAUGCGUCUCUACUCGGUUCUAAUCGAUACAUGGGCACUGAUACCAUUACUGGUUCAGAUCCAUCAAGGUAUUCUCUGGAUAAAGGGUCUGCGUUUUUGAACCAGUCAGAUAGCUUGAGGUUCUCUGGUACUGAUACUUUUACCGCAAGCCGCCUGUCUGGAGCUUCUCUGUAUACACAACCGUCACGGGUUGGUGGAGAAACACUCGGGAUUUUGCCAAAUAGCUCUGUGGAUCACUCGGUUGCUGGUUUGAAGCGUCCAACUGAAGCUUUGUACCAUCAGAAUGUUCUGGGAACUUAUAAUACUAUUGGGCAAAGCGACUCCAUGUAUUCAACAAAUUCUUUGGUCAAGCGCCCUAGGAUUGAAAGUGCAAGCAAUCUGCCUGUUUAUCCACAACGACCAGGAGAGAAAGAUUGUACUUACUAUAUGCUGACUAGGACCUGUAAGUUUGGAGAUAGCUGCAAGUUUGACCAUCCUUUUUGGGUUCCUGAGGGUGGAAUCCCUGAUUGGAAAGAGGUCCCACUUAUUCCUGUUAGUGACAUGCUUCCAGAGAGGCCUGGGGAGCCCGACUGUCCUUACUUCAUGAAGACACAGAAGUGCAAGUUUGGUCAAAGAUGCAAGUUUAACCAUCCAAAGGAUAAAGUUGAAGCCUCAAAUGUGUCCCCAAGUGUUGGGAAUACUGAUGGUGCCAUCAUAACUGCUCUUCCAGAAAGACCGUCAGAGCCUGAGUGUACGUUUUACAUGAAAACUGGGAUAUGCAAGUUUGGUGCAAGUUGCAAAUUUCACCAUCCAAAAGAUCGGCCUGUGCCUUUGACUGGAACUGAUUCUGUAACUGGAGAACAGACUGGAUCUGUUAAAGUUGAUGGAGCAGUUGUUGGAGCUGAUCAACAAGUGAAGCCAUUCACUCCUUUUACCCCAGCAUUGUUGCAUAAUUCCAAGGGUCUGCCAAUUAGACCGGGUGAAGUCGACUGUCCGUUCUACCUGAAGACUGGCAGCUGCAAAUAUGGUGCCACUUGCCGCUUUAAUCAUCCAGACUGGAGAACUACUACUACACCAGCUGCAGUUAUAAAUCCUCUGGCUGCUACUCUUCCCCUUGGAGUUGUUAACACUCCACCUCCUGCUCUGUCUCAUGAUCCUUGGAUGGCUCAGACAACGUUGGGGUUGGGAGUGAGCGUUUAUCCUCAGAGGCCUGGACAGAUAGCAUGUGAUUACUAUAUGAAAUUUGGAGAAUGCAAAUUUGGUGAGAGAUGCAAGUUUCACCAUCCCUUAGACAGGACAGCACCAACUGCUGCUGUUGCACAGCAGGUACCUCAACAAGUUGUAAAGCUCACAUUAGCGGGGCUUCCAAGAAGAGAGGGUGAAGCUGUGUGCCCAUUUUACAUGAAAACGGCAACAUGCAAAUAUGGUGCUGUGUGCAAGUUUGACCAUCCACCUCCAGGCGAAGUUGCUGCGAAGGCAGUUGGAGGAGCUGCUACGGAUUCAAAAAUUGCCGAAGGAGAACAGGUCAAGGAUGAAUGAGGAUGGAUCGCUCUCUCUUUUUGGUUUUGGUAGUAGUCUGUCAUUUUCUUCCUUUUAGCUGCAUUUUGAACUCGGAAAAGUUUAACAAAUGAAUCUUUCUAGUCUAGCCUUCUAUGUGAAAUAUUUUGUACCAUUUGGUAAACUAUUUGAGAUGGUUUCUCUCUCUA